AUGGCUUCCAAUGGAUCUCCAAUUGAAGAAUAUGGUUAUAAUGAAGUAAAAAAAAGAAAAUGGGGAAAAGAAAAGGGGAGACCACGACAUAAAUUUACUAAGGAUGAAUUGCAUAUACUUAAUCUGGCAUUUGAAGACAAUCCAUAUCCUGAUUUUACCACUAGAAAAGAAUUGGCUGAACAACUCCACUGUCAAGUGUAUGUAAUUGAUAACUGGUAUCAGAACAAAAGAGCCCGACUACCACCUAGAGAGAGACACAUAAUAUUUGCUGCUAGGAAACGACAUGAGUUCCCUGUCCAGCGUCAUUUGCUUUUAAGCCUCCAAGAUGCCCCGGCAGAAUCUUCCCUACUCGGUAAAGUUGGCUGUUCUCCAGAGACAUGGAGGGUUCCCAGUCAACAGGAUGGCUCAGCUGACACUGAUUCCAGACAUUUGCCUCUUGGGAAAGAUACACAAAGAGCUGCAGAGUGACCUAAAUCCCAAAUGCAGCAGCUUUGGGGUGAGGGAUCUGCAGAGGUCUGCUUCUGGGACCAAGAAAGUGGCUCCAUUAUAUUGUUUCUAAGCUUCAGAAAGAACAGCCAUAGUUUAUCCAGUCAUCCAUACAGCAGUCCAAGACAAAGGCCUUUCCAGAGCCAGUGCAUAAGUACUAACUUCAGGAAAGCUCCAUGAGCUGUUGAUCUCUUCUUGUAGGCAGCAGUGUCCACCAGCAUUAUAGCCCCUGAAUGUGCAAUUCAUUGUGGAGAAAGCUGGGCUAGACUAUGGAGCCCAAAACCAAUGAAUACAAAGGCAGCAAGAUGACCACCAAGCAACAGCAGCUACCAAAUCUGAAGCCAGUUGUGCUUCAAAAGAAAGGUUCUUGCACAGUACCU